UUAGUCAAUAACAACAACUCUACGAGGAAGGUUGGAAGUUUUGGUAUUUUAGCAAAUAUAAAAAAUACAAAAAAUGUUUACUCUUAAAUUCUAUUGUUUAACAAUAUUUAUCUGUGGCCUAUAUUGUUUACAAAAUGUACAAAGUGAUUUACAAAUUUCACCAGAAAAUAUAGAAUAUGCUGUCGCACGUAUUUCGAGUAGAGAAAGAGCAGUGCAUUUGAAAAGUCCGCCAUAUUUUGGACAUGCCUCCAAAUUUAAUUUACAAACUCUAAUUGAAAGAAAAUCCAAAGUAGAACAACAACAGCCACAACAUGAUGUUGAGGACAUGCCACAAACUGCAGCAGAUAAUCAAGAAAUACUUAGUGGUAACAAAAAUAACAAGAAACUAAAUAUAAAAAAUUUUAACAAGAAAAUGGAGGCAAAUGCACAGUCAUCAACUUUAAGCCAACAACAUGAAAUUAAAUCAAAUGAAGAAGAAUUGGAAGAACAGGAACCAACGGAACAGCAGCUGGAAGAAGUAGAGGCAAAACCAAUAAUACAAAAUGGUGUUAAUCAACCACAUAAUCAUCAAAAUCAGCAACAUUUAACAGUCAAUCAAGUUGAAGUGAGGCAACAGCUGUUGCCGCCGCCGCAUCAUUUUAAAUUGUUAAAUGUGGUGAAUCAUAGAAAUAAAAGACAGACUCAUGCUGAGAACAGCCAUAAUAACAAUAACAAUGGAAAUCAACAACAACAACAGCAACAGCAGAAAUACUCCACAAUUACCAUUCAAUAUUAUCCACAGCAGCAGGAACAAACAGUCGUAGAAUACCAGCUGCAAGAACAGCAACCACAACAAUAUCAAUUACAAUACUAUCAAACAAGUCAGAGUUCCAACCAGCAACAAUUUCAACAAAAUCACAACAAUAUUGAACUAAUUGUAAAUGGAAAUAGUUUGUCAACAUUUCCACAAUCAACAACAAAAGUAACGGCAGCUAUGACAAUGCCAAUCCCUUUGCCAAUAGUAACAACAUCAACACCGAAACCCUUACCACAAUUUACAACUUUAAUCAACAGCUCUCCAUUAUCCCCGUCAUUAUCUACAUCAUCAAUGGACAAUUCUAUCAAACCUCUCUUGCCUCUAGAAGUAAUUAAAGACGUAAAUGCUGACAACACCACUCUACCUCCCCGCACUGUUUGUAGAGUAUGUUGUAUAACAAAUGAGUUUUCCUGCUCAAGCUGCUGUGACGGUACACCUCUAUUAAAUGCACAAACUUUAAAAACUUUGGGUGGUUAGUUUGCUUAUCUUUUGAGUUGGUUUGCAUAGUAUUUUUAAGAUAUUUUAUCUUUAUGUAUCAAGUAAUAAUGAGAAUUUUGCUCAUCUGUUAAAUAAAAUAAAUUUAAUGAAUUUCA